UAUAAUAUGCGUCAUGGUGGGACAGGCGACUAUGAACUAUCUGAAAGCGACAGUUUAGUACAGUUUAGUACAGCAACAGUGAGGAGACAGACUAAACAUACAGAUUCAAAAACGUUUCCAGAUCUAGCAGAAGCGCUGUAGGCUUUAUUAAUAAACCUGUUCAUCUUUAUGGGACUUCAUUGCAGUUCUGGGAGGAUGUUGUAUAAAACUGUUCUUAUCCUGGCAGCGGUGCAUGCGGCUUCGUCCGCGGUUUAUAACGGCAGCGCCAUCGUUAGGACCUUUGCCAGGCGAUUAGUCACGGAAUGGCCCCUGGUCACAGACGAGCCUAUAGAUCUGGACCUGCUGGACUACUACCCAAACGAAGACAGAAAUGAGCCCGGAGGCAGACGCAACCAUGGAUCCGCACCGGGACAGAGAGUUGGGUUUAUUAACGGGUCCAGACUGGGACAGGUGGAACUGGGCUCGGUCAGGAAUGUUACAGGAGUCUGGUCUUACGCUAUUUCUGUUACGGCCAAUGACUUCCUCACAGGCCGUCUGUCCACCAUCUUCAUCCCGACGCUUUACACCGUCGUCUUCCUCAUCAGCGUGCCCCUCAACACUGUCGCCAUGGUUACCUUUGCCCGACAGAUCCGUCCCAUGAAGCCGGCGGUGAUCUACAUGCUGAACCUGGCAGCCGCUGACCUCCUGUUCGCCCUGCUGCUGCCCUUCAAGAUCGCCUACCACUACAGUGGCAACGACUGGGGCUUCGGCGAGGGGAUGUGCCGCCUGGUCACCGCCGCCUUCUACUGCAACAUGUACUCCUCCGUCCUCCUUAUGACCUGUAUCAGCGUGGACCGCCUGCUGGCCGUGGCCUACCCCAUCAACUCCCUGGCCUGGAGGAGUCCAUGUAACGCAGCCCUGGCCUGCAGCUCCAUGUGGGUCCUGGCUGUGGGUGGCUCGCUGCCCCUGGUCCUCUCACAGCAGACGGUCUACUACGACCCACUGGGCAUAACCACCUGCCAUGACAUCCAGGACCUGAAGCUGUUAGAGGGGCGCUACCUCUUCUUCUUCCCCAUUCUCUCCUGCACCCUCUACUUCCUGCCGCUGUUCGUCACGGUGACCUGCUACUCCCGGGUGGUGCAAGUGCUCAACAGGGCUCCACACGGCGUCAUAGGUCGUUCAAGGCAGAAGGCACGGGCAGUGGUGAUGGUGGUCAUCGUGCUGGUGGUGUUUGUGAUCUGUUUCACGCCCACCAACGCCAUCCUUCUGGCUCACUACCUCCAGAUUGGUGGGCGGGUGGCGGGGGAGCCGGACGCCACUCACGUGGCCUACCUGGUGUCUCUGUGUGUGGGGAGCAUAAGCUGCUGCCUGGACCCCCUGGUCUACUACUUUGGCUCGUCCCGGUGCCAGAGGCAGCUUGCGGCGGCUCUGGGGUGCCGGGCGGCCGCAGAGGGAGGGAAGAAUCUGGCCUCAUCCUCAGGUUCUUCCAGCACCAGCACCAGCACCAGGAUAAGUAAGGUGGAUGCCUUCCAGGCCAGCCUCAGCAGCCAGUACAAGAAACUCCUGGUCUGAUGGAUGGAGACACAGAGAGCUGUUUCUGAUUCAUUUACUGAAGUGAAGAAUAUAUAUUUCAUUGACUGAAGUGAAGAUGAUAUAUUUAGUAUGUACACUGAGUAUACCAAACAUUUGGGAACACCUUCCUAAUAUUGAGUUGCAAUCCCACCCUCUUGCAUUUAGAACAGCCUUAAUUCAUAGGUGUCGACUCCAAUGCUUCCCACAGUUGUGUCAAGUUGGCUGGAUGUCCUUUGGGUGGCGGGCCAUUCUUGAUACACACAGGAAACGGUUG